AUGCCUUCAACUCAAUUCGUUCCCUCUUCUCCCCACCCGUACCAUCACCUAUACUCAGACGUGGUGCCGCGAGGGCUACCAGUGCCGGCCGGUGAGCGGACGUGGUGUCGCGAGGGCUACCAGUGCCGGCCGGUGAGCGGGUACUGCGACCUGAAGAACGACUGCACGGACGGCAGCGACGAGGAGUUUGAGCAGUGCUACCCCUACUACAAGGACCUGCGCAAGGACCUGUGCAAGCCCCAGGACCCGCGCGCCUACCUCCCCCUCCGUCCUCUCCUCCUUCCCCCUCCCAUCACCCGUCAUUCUCCCGUCUGCCCUCUCCUCCUUCCCUUUCUCAUCACCCUUCCUUCCCCCCUCUGUGCUCUCCUCCUCCCCCCUCUCAUUAACCUUCCUUUCCCCCUCCGUCCUCUCCUCCUUCCCCCUCUUAGCGCGCCUACCUCCCCCCUCCGUCCUCUCCUCCUCCCCCCUCUCUUCACACUUCCUCCCCCCCUCUGUCCUCUCCUCCUCCCCCCUCUCAUCAACCUUCCUUCCCCCCUCCGUCCUCUCCUCUGUCCCCCUCUUAGCGCGCCUUCUUCCCCCUCCAUCCUCUCCUCUGUCCCCCUCUUAGCGCGCCUUCUUCCCCCCUCUGUCCUCUCCUCUGUCCCCCUCUUAGCGCGCCUUCUUCCCCCUUCCGUCCUCUUCACCUCCCCCUUCACAUCACCCUUCCUCCCCCCCUCUGCCCUAUCCUCCUUCCCCCUCUUAUCACCCUUCCUUCCCCCAACUGUCCUCUCAUCCUCCCCCCUCUCAUCAACCUUCCUCCCCCCCUCUGCCCUCUCCUCCUUCCCCCUCUCAUCACCCUUCCUUCCCCCCUCUGUCCUCUCCUCCUCCCCCCUCUCAUCAACCUUCCUUCCCCCCAACGUCCUCUCCUCUGUCCAUCUCUCAGCGCGCCUUCUUCCCCCUUCCGUCCUCUUCUCCUCCCCCCUCUCAUCACCCUUCCUUCCCCUAUCUGCCCUCUCCUCCUCCCCCCUCUCAUCAGCCUUCCUUCCCCUAUCUGCCCUUUCCUCCUUCCCCUAUUCUGCAGAGAUGGCGAGGGGCCAGCAGGAGGUGCCUUUUUUUGUAUUGGAGGAAGAGAUUCUCAACGACCCUGUCCAUUUUAUACAUGCGGACGACAACCUGUACUGCCGUUCUGUGCCGCAUGGCGAAAUCACGCAGUACUGCAGCGUUGAUGGAGCUCUCAUCAUUGAAUUCAUUCGCUACGACCACACUUACAAGUUCUCGUUUCAUACGGAAGAGGGGGAAAAUAUAUGCAGUGCUAUUCACAUCCAUUCACUACAACAGCUGAAGGAGGUGCAGGAGGAGUUGAAAGCCGUGGGCAGGCGAGCAGAGGAGCAGGCGCGGAAUGCGGCCCUGGACAAGGAGGCCUUGGAGCAGCGCUCGUCAGCAGAGCAGGCUGAGCUGGUGGCCAGGCUGGCGGCCGCUGAGCAGCGAUUGGAGGAGAGCCGGGCUGCAGACGGUCGGCUGAGGGAGGAGGUGCGGGAGAAGGAGGCGCAGGUGCAGGCACUCUCCAGGGACCUCGAGGAGAGACGAGCUGCAGACGGUCGGCUGAGAGAUGAGGCGAAGGAGUUGGAGCAGCGCUUGACUGCAGAGCGGGACAGGCUGGCAGACAGUCUGGCGGGCGCCAUGCAGCAACUGGAGGACAGCCGGGUGGCAAAUGCCCAGGCGGAGGAGCAGGCGCGGAAUGCGGCCCUGGACAAGGAGGCCUUGGAGCAGCGCUCGUCAGCAGAGCAGGCUGAGCUGGUGGCCAGGCUGGCGGCCGCUGAGCAGCGCUCGUCAGCAGAGCAGGCUGAGCUGGUGGCCAGGCUGGCGGCCGCUGAGCAGCGCUCGUCAGCAGAGCAGGCUGAGCUGGUGGCCAGGCUGGCGGCCGCUGAGCAGCGCUCGUCAGCAGAGCAGGCUAAGCUGGUGGCCUGGCUGGCGGCCGCUGAGCAGCGAUUGGAGGAGAGCCGGGCUGCAGACGGUCGGCUGAGGGAGGAGGUGCGGGAGAAGGAGGCGCAGGUGCAGGCACUCUCCAGGGACCUCGAGGAGAGACGAGCUGCAGACGGUCGGCUGAGAGAUGAGGCGAAGGAGUUGGAGCAGCGCUUGACUGCAGAGCGGGACAGGCUGGCAGACAGUCUGGCGGGCGCCAUGCAGCAACUGGAGGACAGCCGGGUGGCAAAUGCCCAGGCGGAGGAGCAGGUGCAGGCAGCUGUGCGGGAGAGGCAAGCCCUGGAGCAGCGCCUGGAGGACUUGGAGCUCUCAACGGCGAACAAGGUAGCAGUGAAGAAAGAGAUGGAUGCAUGGCUGAGAUCCGAAGUGGAGGAUCUGGAGGAGAGAGUGGCGGCAUAUCACCAGCAGGCUCUGUGCUUGACAGCAGAGCGAGAUGGGCUGGCGGCCAGUCUGGAGUCCGCUGAGCAGCGAUUGGUGGAGAGGCAGGCGGAAGAGGCCAAGCUGAGGGAGGAGGUGAAGGAGAAGGCUGCGCGGGAGCUGCAAGCGCUUUCCAAGGAUCUGGAGGAGCUGAGGGGGAUGAAGGCGGAGAUGGAACGGAACCUAGCGGAGCAUGAGAAGCUGAAGGAAGCGUAUAAGGAGGAGUCUAAGAAGCGCAAAAAGUUCUACAACCUGCUGGAGGAAUUGAAGGGCAAGGUUCGGGUGAAUGCACGGUUACGGCCGCUGAGUAAGAGGGAGGAGCAGGAGGGCCAUUACUCGGUGCUGGAGAGGCUGGACGAGUACACGCUGCGGCACCCCGACACCAAGGGUGGGGAGCCCAAGCUGUACGAAUUCAACCAAGUCUUUGACCACAACGCCACUCAACAGGCGGUGUUUAAAGACACACAAUACCUGAUCCAGUCGGUCUUUGACGGGUUCAACGUGUGCAUCCUUGCGUACGGGCAGACGGGCAGCGGGAAGACCUUCACCAUCCAUGGCACGGAUAAGGACCUCGGGCUCAUGCCGCGCGCCAUGCAGGAGCUCUUCAACGUGAUGAAGAAGGAGGAAGGGAGCAAGACCUACAAGCUGCAGGUGCGCAUGCUGGAGCUGUACCAGGACACGCUGAAGGACCUCCUGCUGCCCGAGAAUACUCGCGACAAGCCGAAAUUGAAGAUCAGGGAAUCUGCCAAGGGCGUGUUCUAUGUGGAGAAUGAAACAUUGCUUGCAGUGAAGGACCUGCAGCACCUGCAGACGGUGGUGCGGGAGGGGAUGGAGAGGCGCAUAGUGGCUUCCACACACAUGAACGCGGAGAGUUCAAGGUCGCACCUGGUGAUCUCCAUCAUUGUGGAGACCACCGACCUGCUCACCAAGAGCGUGUGCUGCGGAAAGCUGUCCUUUGUGGACCUCGCCGGAUCAGAGAACCUGGAUAAGUCGGGGUCAGUGGGCGAGCAGCAAAAGGAAGCCAGGGCGAUCAACACAUCGCUGUCCGCCUUGGUGGGCGUUUUCACUGCGCUGGCUCAGGGCAAAGGGCAAGGGUUCACGUACCGCGGCAAAAAGCUCACGGAGCUCCUGAGCGACUCGCUGGGAGGCAACGCCAAGACGCUAAUGUUUGUGAACGUAUCCCCGGCCAACGGGAACCUGGGCGAGACUGCCAGGUCGCUCGCGUAUGCCAAGCUGGUGCGAGCAAUCAAGAACAACGCAUUGCAGAACAAGGAGGACAUGACUCAGCAAGAAGGGAAGAAGGCGGAGGCGCUGCAAGAGGAGGGUGAGACGAGGACUCCGCUUAGGAGUACUCUGAAUGGGGCGGAGAGGAGUGCGCACAAGGGGGUUCAGAUGAGUGCGCACAAGGGGGCUCAAAUGAGUGCGCACAAGGGGGCUCAGAUGAGUGCGCACAAGGGGGCUCAGAUGAGUGCGCUGAAGGGGGUUAAGAGGAGUGCGCCGACGGGGGCUGAGAGGAGUGGAGUUAAGAAGGUGCGGCCAGAUGGGAAGUAA